AGUUCAGGGCGUUGCACAGGCUCUCUUAUGGCCCGGGGCGACUGAAGGCGCUUGUCCACCAACCGAGGAAUAUCUUGCGGAGAUGCGGACCGACCCUGCCGCUGCCGCCUCAGGAACAUGAGCAUGCAAAGAAUGGAGGAAUAAUGAACACAUGCAGGCAGAUGAGUCUAAAGAAGAAACUGGCAAAGCCAAAAUCCCAUCCUGCUGAGAUUCCUUUGAACAUGUGUGAAAACGUCCGUGACAAUGAUCAUUUCAGAUAUGGAGACUCCAGAGAAAUUCCAGUUUGAAGAUGCCGACUUCCCUGCCACCAGCUCGUCUCUGUUUUCUAGUUAUUCCACACCCAUUGCCAAAUUCUCUGGUGAAAUUUCAUGGUUGCGACCACAGGAAAUUGCCAAAUCCCCUCAGUUGUUCUCAGAAAAACUGCAGGAUGGACAGAUCAAGCAAGGCCUUUUAGGAGAUUGCUGGUUCUUAUGUGCAUGUGAAGCUUUGCAUAAAAACAGACUGCUGUCGGAAAAGGUGAUACCCCCAGGCCAGGAUUCAUGGAUACAAUCAGGAUGUUUAAAAUGUAGAUUUUGGAAAUUUGGACAAUGGGUUGAAGUUAUAAUAGACAACCGGUUGCCAUGUAUCGGACGCAAGCUCUGUUUUUCUCGUUGUCGCUCUGAAGAGGUUUUUUGGCUACCAUUAUUGGAAAAAGCAUAUGCCAAACUCCAUGGCUGUUAUGAAAUGCUUUGGGCUGGACAAGUGGCUGAAGCUCUGGUGGACAUCACAGGAGGCCUGGCUGAUCGAUGGACUGUAAAGAAUUAUAGAAAAAACAAUGACCAUGUCAGCUUCCCUGAAAAAUCCAGAUUUGAGUUGAUGCGGGAUUUGAAAGAUAAGAGCUUUAUAAGCUGUUCCGUUCAUGGGUCCAACAAAGGAUUCACUGAACGUGCAGAAUUUCAUGCCUUCAGUGUUAGUGACGUGAAGCAAAUUGAUGGACUCAAAGACAGUUAUGUCAAUUUACUAAGGAUAAGAAACAUGUGGGAUAGAAGAUGUUGGAGUGGCUCCUGGCAGGAAGGAGGUGACGGUUGGAACAAAGUUGAUGCAGCUGUGGCUGCACAGUUACAGUCCUUGGCAGAAGAGGGAGAGUUCUGGGUGGAGGAGCAAGAGUUUUUCAGGGAGUUUGAUGAGGUGACGGUUGGUUAUCCCAUAAAUACAGAGGGAUACAUCCUCAGCCUUUUAACAGGUAAAUGUUUAUGCCACACACUGCAAAUUUCAGGAGAGUGGGUCAAAGAUCAAUCUGCCGGAGGUUGCCGCAAUAACUCCAGUUUUUGUAGUAAUCCUAAAUUCUGGCUGCGAAUCCUGGAUCCAGGUGAAAUGGUUAUCUCAAUUUUGCAAAAAAAACAUUAUUCAGGCAAGACCUGUCGGGUUCAGGAUGCUCCCGUGCAUUGUCCUGAUAAGCAAAGGACCACCACUGAUGGCCUCCAACAGAAACGUUACCAUGCCAUAGGACUACAUGUGUGGAAGGUGGAGAAAAAGCGAUUCAAUUUGCAGAAAACUGUUGCCAAGCCACCUACCAUUUCAACUGAAUGCCAUACAUAUGACAGAGAAGUAAAACUGCACUGUGAUCUUACACCUGGCUACUACCUAGUCAUCCCCAGUACGUUCAUGAAAGAUGAAGAUGGAGAAUUUCUACUGCGUGUGUUUUCAACAUCUAAAAUUGCACUGAGUGCAGUCAAAGCAUCUCAUCUACUGAACAAGUUUGAGCGAAAUGCUGAAGGAGAGUGGGAGAUAAUAUAUUUCACGGAUUCAUGGAUCAAAGGAAAGAGUGGAGGUGGAAGUAGGAAUUUUCCAACUUACAACACAAAUCCACAUUUGCCGUUCGCAAUCCUCUCCAAUACCGGCACUAGGAACGUUAGAAUAACACUGUGCCAGGAACACUUUGAUCGACAGUUGCUGCCAAUAGGAUUCCAUGUUUUUCAGGUCGACACCACGAAAAAUAUAAAUCAAGUAUCUUGUCAGCUUGUGGAACCAGUGAUGAGUUGCGUGCCUCAUCGAUACACGCAAGAAGUAACCCAACUUUGCAGUCUGACAGAAGGAAAAUAUAUGAUUGUUCCUUCCACAUAUCUACCUGAUAGUGAAGCACAAUUCACAGUCACCAUAGAAAUAAAAAUAGACAGGAAGCCAUUCCAAUGUCAGGAGAACUUAGGAGAAAUAAUCAAAGAGGUCUCCUAUACCUCAGUGAUGCAGAGGUAGGAUACAGAUUCCAAAUCCCACAAGCGCCAGUCUGAAAACAACAACAAAAAAUCAGAAGAGUCAUUCUGGAGACAUUCACACUGUACAAUUUUCACAUCACAAUGCCCAGCCCCCUUUGCAUUAAUAAAAUGUGACAGGACUCGUCAUUGUAAAUAAGCAAUUCUGCUUUAAGCAAGCUGGCAAUGUGCUUGUUGCGCAGAAGUAAGAACAAAAGCUGCCCCAGAAGUGGACGCUACUUCAAAGAGUUAGUAGCUCUGCACGCAGCAAUGGACAAAGAGCCGAUCAGUCUCCUGCUGCUUUGAUGUUAUUGAAGGUAAAUGAGAAUGACAUUUAAAUUCAGUUUGUACUUUCAGCACACACCGUAUUACACAGUUCACUGGGUUUUAAAGCUGCUGUGUUGUGACCUCUGGGCUGGAUUUUUCCAUCAUUUUAGCAAAACUGGAACUUAGGCUGUUGUUCAUUGAUGCCAUUGUUUUUCUUCUCCCAAUUUGUUUGACAUUGGAUUGCAUUAAGGUAGAAUAUGAACAAAAAAGGUACAGUGCCUUUUAGUGCAUGAAUAGCAUUGCAUUAUUUUUUUCAGCGUGAGCAAAUUCUGUGUGGUUGGAGACAAAUCAAUAACAAAAUCUUUAGUAUUUGGUUUUUAAGUCAAUGUGACAUUAUUUGGGUUUGUUCCAUUGAGCAUUGAACGUGACCUCGGCACUAUAUUACAUGUAUGAAUAAUGUAUCAUUGCUACCUGUGCAGACUGAAUAGUGACAGACAUUGUUUACCUGAUGUAACUCUAACAAUUAAGUUACAGUGGAAUAGAUUAGGUACAAUAAAUAUAUUCCCAGUGUAGGUAUAGAUAUUCUAUAUUGUAAAAGUGCCCAAAAUGGAUUAAUUCUUGAUCCAGUUUUAAAUGAAAUUUUCAGUAAGCUGAUCGGAGCAAGUUCUUCUGUGUAAGUAUUAACUCUUGUCUUUCAAGUUUUAUCAGCCUAAUACUCUUUAACCAUUAAAAUACAUGCGAGGAAAACCCAUGUUGGCAAGCAUGGAAGGACAAAACUCUUUUCUUUGUAUUUUAUAAAUCAUCUUAAUAGUUAAUUCCACUGAUUCUAAAAUAUUUUAGAAACUAAAAUCACAAAAUGAUUUAUCCCAUUUAUGUGAACUAAAAGUAGUUAGUGAAAGUUAAACCUUUCAAAAGGUUACUGACCCAAAACAUUGACUAUACAUGUUCUUCAGAGAUGCUGCCUGAGCUGCUGAGUUACUCCAGCACUUUGUCUUUUUUUGUAAACCAGCAUCCGCAGUUCCCUGUAUCAAGCACAAUUUUAUUUCCUUUUUUGAAAGCGAUGUAAAAUUAUAUAGCCUGAUUCGAGGAAUUAAGCCAUCCAAAUAAUUGACAACAAGUAACAUUCUUCUUUGUUUUUAAUUACUUGUCUUUCCUUUCAGGGAAUGCCAUGAAGUAGUAUAAUUAACAACUGAAUAUUUAUAAUCUUCGUAUUUUUAGAGGGAAUGAAGCACAACUGUGCAAAAAUUGAUCUAAUUUUACAGCAUGCUGAUGAAGCUUGAUCAAGAAUUAUUUCAAUGGAUAAGUUGCAUCUCAGAUUGUCAUUUUAUGUUAAUUUAUAUUUAUUAAACUAUCAAACUGCUGGAAUUAAUCUGAAUAAAUUUGUAAACAGUAACCUAAAAUUCUUGGAUUCUUGUCAUAGCAUUUGACUAUGAGCAGAAAAGAGCGGCACAGUGGAGCAGGGGUAGAGUCACUGUCUUGGAGCGCCAGAAACCCAGGUUUAAACCUGACCAUCGGUGCGUCUGCACAGAGUUUGUACAUUCUCCCUGUGACCGUGUGUGUAAAUAGUGUUAGUGUAAGGGGUGAUUGCUGGCCGGUGAAGACUCGGUGGGCCGAAGGCCCUGUAUCCGUACUGUAUCUCUACAGUAUCUGUAAAGCCAGAAAACUUGCAUCAGUGGAGGAAUACGUUCAGAAUUUACAAAGAAGAAUUUACUGAAUAAGUUCAGAAUUAAAUUAUGAUAAAACUAUAAGAAUUUGAAAUGUAUCCCUAAUCUGUAAAAUGGCUACCAUCUCCAGGAAGUUGCAUUAGAGUAGAUAAAUGUGUAAAUCCAAAAAAAUGUUAUAAUCACUUUUCCUCCAAAAAAUAAUUGCUUACAGUUUAUGGUCAGAUGAGGUUAAUUUAAUAAUUAGAUGUAACCUUUUUUUUAAUUAUUUUGCUUUUUUUGUAAUAUGUCAUAAGGAAUAGGAGUAGAAUUAGGCCAUUCGGCCCAUCAAGUUUACUCCACCAUUCAACCAUGGCUGAUCUAUCUCUCCCUCCUAACACCAUUCUCCUGCCUUCUCCCCAUAACCUAUGCCACCUGUACUAAUCAAGAAUCUAUCUAUGCCGUAAAAAUAUCCACUGACUUGGCCUCCACAGCCUUCUGUGGCAAAGAAUUCCACAGAUUCACCACCUUCUGACUAAAGAAAUUUCUCCUCAUCUCCUUCCUAAACUACGUCCUUUAAUUCUGAGGCUAUGACCUCUAGUCCUAGACUCUCACACUAGACUAUCACAAAACCUCUCCACGUCCACUGUAUCCAAACCUUUUACUAUUCUGUAUAUUUCAAUGAGGUCCCCCUUCGUUCUUCCAAACUCCAGCUAGUCCAAGCCCAUUGCCGACAAAUGCUCAUCAUAAGUUAGCCUACUCAUUCCUGGGAUCAUUCAUGUAAACCUCCUCUGGACCCUUUCCAGAGCCAGCACAUCCUUCCUCAGAUAUGCCAAAUAUUGUUCACACUAAUACAAAUGCGGCGUUACCAGCGCCUCAACAUUACAUCCCUGUUUUUGUAUACAAGUCCUCUUGAAAUAAAUGCUAGCAUUGAGUUUACUUUCUUUACGACUGAUUCGACUUGCAGAUUAAUUUUUUGGGAAUCCUGUAUCAGCACUCCCAAGUCCCUUUGCACCUCCGAUUUCUGGAUUCUCACCCCAUUUAGAAAAUCGUCUACGCAUGUAUGUUACACCUUAAGGUAUAACGGUAUAAAUUCUUAAGGGGUUGGAUGGCUAGAUGCAGGAAGAUUGUUCCCGAUGUUAGGGAAGUCCAGGACAAGGGGUCACAGCUUAAGGAUAAGGGGGAAAUCCUUUAAAACCGAGAUGAGAAGAACUUUUUUCACACAGAGAAUGGUGAAUCUCUGGAACUCUCUGCCACAGGGGGUAGUUGAGGCCAGUUCAUUGGAUAUAUUUAAGAGGGAGUUAGAUGUGGCCCUUGUGGCUAAGGGGAUCAGGGGGUAUGGAGAGAAGGCAGGUACGGGAUACUGAGUUGGAUGAUCAGCCAUGAUCAUAUUGAAUGGCGGUGCAGGCUCGAAGGGCCGAAUGGCCUACUCCUGCACCUAAUUUCUAUGUUUCUAUGUUUCUAUAACUGAGUUUCCAAAUGACAUGUUCAGGCAUUAUUACCAUUGACCAUACUACAUCCUCUGGGGCUAAAAAUAUAAAUGUAUGAUUGCCAUUCCUUUGGGAAUUAUUUUCCAAAUUAAGUAGUUUUAACAAAGAUUAAUUUGUAUUAUUAAUGUUUAAUAUUUAUUUUGCCUUCAUUUUAUGUGUAUGUGUCAAUCGUUCUUUUCAUGUUUGUAAAAUGUUCAAGUUAAAUAAAAUCAACUCUUUUUACUUCA